AUGGUUCUUGCAGGCGCACCUUUGGUCGGUGGAUGUUCAGCCAUUUUCGAUGCUGGGACGGACGCGGUCGCUGGCUCCGGUGCAGGUGUGGGUGCAGUCGGUGGUGUCGGCUCGCGCGCUUGUAAGGAAAUCGGAAGUGGCGUCUCCUGUGCAGCUACCGACUUCUUGGGCGGACACGAAACGUGCGGCGUUGCCUUCCGUACAGUCUCAGACAAUGCGUGUUUCCGAGGCCGACCCCUAG